GAACACGUCUUGAUUUGGUCUAAACAACCCUUAUCAGCCGAGUUCAUUGAAAAUGUGCUAGAAGAAAGGUAUGGUAGCUCCGUCUGGGAGUGGAUUUAUUUUGUCAAUCCCCCCGAGUAUCAGAGCGUUCGCCGUUUGCCUCACGCCCAUGUUUUCAUGCGAAGACGUCAAAAAUAAAAUAAAAUUUGGGAGCCAGACACUUCCUCUCUCCACUUACUUUCUUCAUUUUAAUACUCAUGAGUUUUCUUUGGUCAUUUGGAAGUAAAAAGGAAGUAGAAAAGGAUACUCUACCAUCCCAACAACAACAACAACAACAACAGCCUUUGAAGGCAAUGAAUAAUGCUUUUAGAAAAGGUGUUCACUAUAACAUGAAGGUUAUCUUGCGAGGCGAUGUCAUGACAGGCAAAACAAGUUUAUUCCAAAGACUUCAAGGCAAUGAGUUUAUAGAAGAAUACACGUCUACACCAGAGAUACAAGUCAUGAACAUACCUUGGCACUAUAAAAAUUCGAAUGAUGUUAUCAAAGUAGAAGUGUGGGAUGUUAUCGAUAAGGCACAUAAUAAACAAAAUAACAAAGGCGAGACUGGCAUCAAACUGCAACAUCAUGUACCCCAACGUCAAAAAAGUGAUGAUGCAAAAAAUGAACCAGAAGAGAGUAUAGGCUUAGACGCAACCACUGUCAAUGUUUAUAGAAAUACACAUGCAGCAAUAUUUUUAUUUGAUAUUACAAAGCCAUGGACGUUUGAUUAUGUCAAUAAUGAACUAGCUCAUGUACCAGAGACACUCUCUGUUCUUGUCCUCGGUAAUUUUGCUGACAAGAGUAAGGAUAGAAAAGUGCAUUUGGAUCAAAUACAUGCAACUCUAUAUCAACAUAAUAAAGAACGCAUGGAAAGAGGUGCACUAAAGCCAAACUUGAUAAGAUAUGCAGAGACCAGCAUGAAGAGUGGAUUGGGUCUAAAAUACAUUUAUGAGUAUCUGGGUGUCCCCUUUUUACAACUCAUGAUGGAGACAUUAAGAAAGCAGCUCGAGUUGAAGGCUAUAGAGAUUGUUGAUCUAUUGGAAACAUUGGACAUUGAUCAGGAGGUGCCUGAAGUAAUGCAUAGAAGAAGAGGACAAGAUAAUUUUGACCAACGUAAAAACAGAUUCCUUGUUUAUGGCGUACCUGCUGACAUUUAUUUAUAGCGUCAGAACCAAGGCUAGCAAAGGAACAUGCAGAAAUGAAGGCUGUUUGGGAUAAAGAACUUGAGGAGAUAGCAGCUGACCAUGCUGUCCUACGUCAUGACACACCUCCUCCUCCAACAUCACCUGUCAAAACUAUAAAGAGAAAAGAUAUUCAGCUACCUGUUGAAGUAGUCAAUCAGUUUGAUACAGGAGAAGAGUUGGCUGAUGACUGGUUUGGAGAAGUAGACGAUACG